CGGCAUGGCAGAAUAUCCUUGCUGAGACAGGGCACGCCCAGGCUGAGAGGGUUGUAGGAGAAGCACAUCCCAGUGAGACACGCGCCAGCGUGUCGGCGGAAAGGAUGCCGAACAACACACAAGACUUGGAGAACUGGACAGGCGCGAAGCACAAACAUCGCUCCCUGGUGCCGAGGGAGUGGAUGGCAGCAGCCGACGAGCAAGCCGCGCAACGACAUGUCGCACCUGCCGCAGCGGCCAUCUACACGCCGGCGGCGAUAUUGGACGACACGCACCAGGCUAAAAGGAAGGGCAGUUUCCGCGCGUCUGUCCGCGGCUUAUUCAAGGAUGACACCAGCCCUGGCCCAUCUCUCGCCAUCGGGUGGGGAGACGCUGCGACAAUUCGCUCUGGCCCGCUUGACUCCGCUCCGCUCUGCGGCACGCAGUCGAGCUCACUGGCUAGUACUUCUCACCAGCCUACAACACACGCACACAAUCCAAGCCCAAAUGUUGCAGCUGACCGUGCGACGGACGAGCAGAUGCCACUACACCCAACUGAACCCAAAAAAAGGUGGAUUGCUCGCUUCGAGCGCCGCAUGGAGCGCAUCGACGUCAGCCUCGAGAGAUUGAGCCAGCGUAUUGCACCUGGCCUCGUGAAGAUUACCAAGAAACCUACCCAAGACACACAUGCGCCCCCUUGUGCUGUGCCUCAAGGCCCGGACAUCAACCUCUUUCACCACCGUCCUGAUCCGCAAGCGAGACAUGACCAACGCUCUUGUGACAGCAAUCCCAAAGAUGUCGUUCCUCGGCAGAACACAUCACACCUGACUCCUCCGCCAGAACCUAAUGAGAGUCAUUCUCGCGCGUCUUCAUCCCCCUUUGUGCUCACUACGGACCAUGCCACAGAUCUAAACGGACAUCUUACCUCACCUUUCGCACCAGAAGAGCCGCAUGUGCCCGAGCUUCCCAGCCACGCACAGCUGUUGGAGGACACUGAGUCGCACACGGAUGCGGACGAGCACUCUGGCUCAGACUUGGAGGGGCUGACAGCAAUCACGGAGAUGACAGAGCUGCCGACCAUAUCAGAAGGCUCGUUUGACCCAGACGCCACUUCGACGCCGCGCGCGCUCGCACCGCGCACCUCACGCAACAAAGGAUGGUAGGAGGGUGGGGUGCUCCCCUGUCACAUCAUUGCAGCUGCCUGUAACUCCUGUAUGACUUCGUGUCUGUACAUUCUGAGAGGCAGAUAAUCGACUCCCUGGGUCGGUAGCGAACGAACGCGCGUCUUUAGAGCGUAGGGUAGUCGCAU